GCAUACAUCCAAAAAUUUAGGGACCAAAUUUUUGCAUGUGUUAAGGUCUAAGGACCUGGAGUGUGAUAACCCUUUAUUUAUAUUUAUUACAGCAGCUAGCACUCACUUGAACUUCACGCCGUCAUACCUCAAACGAGUCAAACCCACUCCCUCCUCUCCUCUAGUCUCACUCUUCACGGUACUGUCUUCGUCGUCGCCUCUCUCUCUCUCUCCCAAUCACAGCAAUCAGACGCUUUCUUCAGUACUACCAAAGAACCCAAAUAGACCGAAAUCGGGUGGUUAUGUACAAACUCCUAAGAUUUCAAGAACUGAACCUUUUGCGUUUCUUGCACAGUAAGCAGUGCCAAUACUUCCACAGCAGCCACAAUUCACUCGGCAAUUCGCCUCGGAUUUACAAGUUGAAUAGGCAUCUCAAUGGUUUAUGGAAAUCGGGUCAAAUUGAUGAAGCCCGCCGAGUGUUCGACGGAAUGUUUGAUCGAGACGAGUUCACUUGGAACACAAUGGUAGCUGCUUACGCGCAUUCAGGAAGACUUGCCGAAGCUAAACAGCUCUUUGAUGAGGCUCCAAAGAAGUGUUCGAUCACUUGGUCAUCGCUCAUUUCUGGGUUCUGUCGAUACGGGUGCGAAUCGGAAGGUUUCCAUUUGUUUUGGCAAAUGCAGUACGAGGGACACGAGCUGAGCCAGUUUGCGUUGAGCAGUAUUCUCAGGGUGUGUUCUUCGAAGGCAUUGCUAUCAAGGGGGGAACAGCUUCAUGCUCUUGUUAUAAAGACACGUUUUGACUCGAAUGCGUUUGUUAAUACCGGUCUUGUGGAUAUGUACGCUAAGUGUGAUAGUAUUGUUGAAGCCGAAAUGAUUUUUGAUGAGAUGCCCGAAAGGAAAAGCCAUGUUUUGUGGACUGCUAUGAUUACAGGGUACUCGCACAACAAUGAUGGGAUUAGAGCAAUCAGGUGUUUCCGGGAUAUGCGUGCUGAAGGGGUGGAACCCAACCAGUAUACUUUUCCUAGUCUGCUGACAGCUUGUGCAACGGUUUCAGCACGUGGGUUCGGUGGGCAGGUGCAUGGUUGCAUAGUUCGGCUUGGUUUUGAGGCUAAUGUGUACGUUGGAAGCGCUUUGGUUGAUAUGUAUGCGAAAUGUGGAGACUUGUAUAAUGCUAGGAGAGCAUUAGAGAGUGUGGAAGGUAACGAUGUGGUUUCUUGGAACUCCAUGGUGGUUGGGUGCGUGAGGCAGGGGCUUGAAGAGGAAGCGUUGUUAUUGUUCAAGAAAAUGCAUGCAAAAGAUAUGGAUAUCGAUGAUUUCACGUACCCUUCUGUUCUGAAUUCUUGUGCUUCCAUGAAGGUUAUGGAAAGUGCAAAAUCAGUCCAUUGUUUGAUUGUCAAAACUGGGUAUGAGGCUUACAAGCUUGUAAGCAAUGCUCUUGUUGACGUGUAUGCAAAAGGGGGAGAAUUAGGUUCAGCUUUUCAAGUUUUCAACAGUAUGAUAUACAGAGAUGUAGUGUCAUGGACAUCUUUGAUCACUGGCUAUGCAUAUAACGGGUCCUACGAAGAAGCUCUCAAGUUGUUUUGUCAAUUAAGAAGCGAAGGUGUUGAUCCUGACCAAAUCGUCAUUGCCAGUGUCUUGAGUGCCUGCGCAGAAUUGACAGUUCUGGAAUUUGGGCAACAAGUUCACACGAAUUUUGUGAAAUUCGGCUUCAGGUCAACCUUAUCAGUGGAUAAUUCCCUUCUUACCAUGUAUGCAAAAUGUGGGUGCAUAAAAGAUGCUAAAAAAGUUUUUAACUUGAUGAAAAUCCGGGAUGUCAUUACAUGGACUGCUCUCAUCAUUGGGUAUGCUAAGAAUGGUAAGGGAAAGUACUCUCUCGCAUUAUAUGAUGAUAUGAUAGCCAGUGGUAUAAAACCCGACUUUAUUACGUUUAUUGGGUUACUUUUUGCGUGUAGCCAUGCAGGCUUUGUAGAACAGGGGCGGCAAUACUUUCAAUCCAUGGAAAAAGUCUAUGGGAUAAAGGCGGGUCCUGAUCAUUACGCGUGUAUGAUCGAUCUUCUAGGGCGCUCAGGGAAAAUGAAUGAAGCCAAGGAGUUACUCAAUCAAAUGAGUGUGGAACCUGAUUCUACUGUGUGGAAAGCAUUGCUUAGUGCAUGUAGAGUACAUAAAGAUAUAGAACUGGCUGAGAGGGCAGCGAAUGCCCUCUUUGAACUUGAACCCCAGAAUGCCAUGCCUUAUGUUAUGCUAUCAAACAUCUAUUCUGCAGCUGGUUUUUGGGAAAAUACUGCCAAAAUAAGAAGACUUAUGAAACUUAGAGGGAUCAGCAAGGAACCUGGGUGUAGUUGGAUGCAGAUGAAUAGCAAGGUGCAUAAAUUUAUGUCUGAAGAUAGAAGCCAUCCGAAAACAGACCAGAUUUAUUCCAAGAUUGAUGAGAUUAUGAUGUUGAUUAAGGAGGCUGGAUAUGUACCUGAUAUGAAUUUUGCACUGCAUGAUGUGGAUGAAGAGGGUAAGGAACUUGGUCUUGCUUAUCACUGCGAGAAGUUGGCUGUUGCUUUUGGGCUUCUCUUUGUGCCACAGGGGGCGCCUAUUCGGAUAUUUAAGAACCUUCGAGUCUGUGGUGAUUGUCAUGCUGCAAUGAAGUUUAUUUCAAGAGUUUUUCACCGGCAUAUUAUUUUAAGGGAUUCGAAUUGUUUUCACCAUUUUAGAGAAGGAACUUGUUCUUGUGGGGAUUACUGGUAGAUAAAAGUUUUUCUUCUGACUUGUUU